UUCACAGUGCUCGGACGUGUACUUAUCACAGAGAUGCAUAGAAACCGCAUUGAAAGAACAGCCUCGAAGCGUUGGCGUGGUUCAGUCCGUCGAGUGGUAGCGGCUACAGUUUACAACCUAUCUUGCUUCACGCAUGGUUGCAGCACAGGCUGGGUUUCUGGUGUUCUUGGCAAUGAAGCACUAACUGGUGGCGCAUGGCUGGCAGCGCUACCAUGCCUGGUUGCGCUGCCAGCAGCACCCAUGUUCGCUGUGUUAGCCGACACGCGGGGAAGAAGAGCAGGAGCGCUUUGUAUAUGUCUUAGCUUUAUUAUUAGCUGGUCGUUAGCUGCCUGGUGUGGAGCUCGAGGCGUGUGGGCAGCGAGGGUUGCAGCAGGAGCAGGUGGUGCUGGUGCACUUGCGUUGGCUCCACUUUACUGUGCAGAAAUUGCGCCCAGAACUAGAGGUCUUGCUGCUAUGCCAGCAUUGGCAUGCAGUUGCGGUAUCCUCUUUGCCUAUUCAGCCGGUGGUAUAUUAUCUGCGCAUGCUUUAUCUCUAUCAAUGGCUAUACCACCAGCUAUUCUGCUGCUAUCUUUGAUUUGGUUGCCAGAAACACCUUCAUUUCUUAUCAGCGUUGGAAAAAUUCAGGAAGCAGCAAAAAUCAUGUGCUGGUUCGACGGAUCUGAUUUCCGAGAAGACUUGACUGAUGUAAUCGAGCAGCAAGAGGUCCGCAUACGCAUAUCAGAAGGAUAUGGAAGGAAAGAAGUUAUGAGAAGACAGGACUCUGAUACUUUCCAACCAAUGCUAAAACGGAGUAGUGGGCUUGAAUCUAACUCUGAUCGAGAUAGAGUUGAGAAAUCAGCAUGUAGAGAACUAUUCCGUCACGGCAGCAAUCGCCGCGCUCUGUUGUCAUGUUGUGUGGUACUGUGCGCGGCAGCAGGCAGUGGUGCGGGUGCCGUCAACAGUUUUGCAGCCGCCGUACUGCGCCAUUCCGCGCACAGCGUGCCCGUCUUAAACAUCACCGCUUAUAACUUUACCAUUUACAAUGGAACCCUACCUCGUGCGAUAUUCGAGUCAUCGGAAGCUGGUUCAAUGCUAUGCGGCACAGCACUGGUGCUAGGAGCGGCCGUCGCCACAGUCACCGUUGACAAAGUUGGAAGGAAGACACUUCUGCUUUGGUCGUGUACUGGAAUAGUCUUGGGGUUGACGGUAUUAGGAAUAUACUGUGAUCCCCACCUACGCAUGCACUCCUGGUACUUCCAUCGCUUGUGGCCGUUACGGAAAUUCAAUUAUAAGGAAAAGAACAUUCGAGAAAGAAUUGAAAUUCAAGGAAAUUAUACGAUUUACAAUAAUACCGUCGGUCAGUUUCUUAAUGAUAGUGGAAAAUCGUGGUAUAAAGUUACCGUUGAAGAACACAAUUACACAAUGGAUACUAAUUGGUCGGUUAAGUUUGAGCAACGAGACAAAGAAGACAUAGCAAUAUGGCUGCCAGUUAUUAUACUGUCCUUGGUAUUGUUCUUGUAUAAUAUUGGACUCGGUUCAGUGCCCUUCGUCUUGAUAUCGGAACUAUUUGCUGUCAAUGUGCGCAGUCUAGCAUCCAGCUUCCUCAUCGCUUGGAUGUGGUUCAGCAAUUUCCUCGUUCUCCGCUACUUCGGAACUAUCGCCGUCUCGCUCGGCCUCCACGCCGCGUACUACAUCUGCGCCUCAAUCACACUCAUAAGCGCCGGGUACAUUUACAUAGUGAUACCCGAAACUAAAGGUAAAAGUCAGAACCAAAUUAAUGAAGCCUUGGAGGGACCUUGGAUUCUUUUCAGGAGUAAGAGGAAAAAUGAACGAUGACAUUUAAGUACCGGUGUCUUCACACUGUCUGAAAGGAAUUUUAAUGAUAAUUGAAAAUUUAACAAAUGUAUAAACAUUUAGGAGCUAGGAACGAGUUGAAAUGAUUCGAUUUGUAAAGACGUGUUCACAUUGAAAAUGAUAAAGAAUAAUGAGAUGUUAAUCACU